UGUUUGAGAGACUUACGCAGCACAGACCCUGUCGACGAUAAGAAGCGCAUCCAAACGACCAAAGGUGGCUUGCUACGAGACUCAUAUGCCUGGAUUUUGACAAAUAGUGCGUUCCUGCAAUGGCGCGAUGAUCCCAAAUGCCCUCUUCUCUGGAUCAGAGGCAAUCCUGGAAAAGGGAAGACAAUGUUGUUAUGUGGCAUUGUGGAUGAGAUGGAGAAAUCUGCUGUCUACAACCUCUCUUACUUCUUUUGCCAACAGACCGACUCUCGCAUCAAUAAUUCAGUGGCUAUUCUACGUGGUCUCAUAUACAUGCUAGUCCGCAAGCAGCCAUCUCUUAUGCCGCAUAUCCGGACAAAGUACGACGACGUGGGCAAGGCUGUGUUUGAAGAUCAGAAUGCCUGGGUUGCACUUUCGCAAAUUCUGGCCAACAUCCUUCGAGACCCUAGUUUGAAGGAUACAAUUCUGAUUAUUGAUGCACUGGACGAAUGUUUCCACGGCUUACACCAGCUUCUCGACCUGAUAAUGGAGAUCUUAUCCUCAUCUACUGGGAUAAAGUUGUUAGUAUCGAGUCGCAACGAGUUGGAUAUCCAAAAGCGACUAGAAGACGCCAAAGAGACAUCAAGUGUGAGUCUUGAGCUCAAUUCAACCUCUGUUGUUGCGGCUAUUGCAUCAUACAUCCGACACAAAGUUCAAGAACUAAAAUUUGAUGAUGAAGAUACCCAAACUGAAGUAGAACAAUAUCUCAUCAAACAUGCCAAUGGUACCUUCCUCUGGGUAGCUUUGGUCUGCGAUAAUUUGAAACGAGUCCCGAAACGAGUCCCGAAACUUCAAUUGCGCUCAGUGUUGGCCAAAUUCCCUCCAGGACUUGAUCAUCUGUAUGAACGAAUGAUGGAAAAGAUAUGCGAUGUGAAUGCGAUCGACCUUGGGAGGCAGAUUCUGGCCGUCGCUCUCGCUGUUUACCGGCCUCUGACCAUUCUGGAACUGGCUUCUCUGGUGGAUUUCAAUCUAGGAAAAAUCGAAGAGAACGAACAAGCAUUAUGCGAAAUUGCCGAACAGAUACCAGGACUUUGUGGUUCAUUUCUUGUUCUGCAGGACCAAACCGUUUACUUCGUUCACCAAUCCGCCAAGGACUAUCUAGACAAUAAGGCGCCUGAUGAAUUAUUCCUUUCAAAGAAAGCACAUCAUCAAAUUCUUUCCGCAUCUCUUCCAAACAUGGAGAUGACACUGAAGAAAGAUAUCUACGGUUUGGAAGAGCCAGGGUAUUCCGUAUACGAUAUUCCCGCUAUGGAGCCCGACCCGCUAGCUGCUGUUCGGUAUUCAUGCGUCUACUGGAUUGACCAUUUUCUUGAUUCGCUCCCACAAGACGAACUCGGAGCGGAAUCCAAUACUCCAUACUACAAACCUGUUGAAGAUUUUCUCCGAUCGACGUAUCUAUACUGGUUAGAGGCACUUGCUCUCUUGCGCAACAUUCCCCGAGGAGUUAUUAUAAUGCAGAAGCUUGAGAAACGAAGGAAGACAGAACUAGGAACCUCUAUUAAAGACCUCAUCAAAGAUGCCUGUCGGUUUAUCCAGGAGUUUGCGGACGCCAUACAUGAUGCGCCUCUACAAGCUUACGUUUCGGCCCUACUUUUCAGUCCGGAUAGUAGUCUAAUUCAUCGACUUUUUGAGAAAGACUUGCCAAAUUGGGUUAUUAUCGGACCAAAACUGGAAUCAAACUGGCGUCUGCGGAUGCUAGAAGGGCAUCAGGAUUGGGUCACAUCAAUUGCCAUUUCAUGCAGAGGCAACUGGCUAGCGUCCACAUCUGAGGAUACAACCGUUAAAAUCUGGGAUACUGGCUCAGGUAUAUUGGUGCGCACAAUUGUCUGCGAUGAACCACAUAAGGGAGCUAAUUUCGCCCGACCUUUCGCUCAGGGUCUGGCAGCUUUGUCUCAUGAUUGGAAGCAAGUGGCUAUCACGUCCAGAAGCGGCACAAUCAAUAUAUGGGACACCUCUUCAGGAAAGCGUUUGUGGCAGCUAAAAGAAUCUGCUGUAGAUCAGAUGGCGUUACUGUUCUCAUUAGAUGGCAAAAGCCUGGCAGUUAUUUGCGUAAAGCCUUUGGAACUCGGUAUAUGGGAUCUUACGUCUGGCACGCGCAAAACAACCCCAUUUCAGGAAGUCACGUCGCCAGAAUCCUUUGAAUCAUUCUUAGUGAUGGACUACGAGAUUCGUCAACUUAAAGGCUUGCCCGACCCUCAUAAACCUCGUACUAGAAUGUUCGAUUCGGUGUUUUUCGACCAACUUCUGGGACUUCCGGCGAAUCAAAGCAGUUACAGCAUUACGGAAGGGAACACUUGGUUGACUCAUAACGAAAAAAGAAUUCUAUGGCUUCCGCCUAGGUAUAGACCAGCUACAUGGUCGAGAUGGGACGCUAAUGAUAGGUUCAUUGGCAUCUAUACUCAUCAACCAUUACUUAUUGAAUUUUGUUGCAACAUGUGUUCAGCACAAGUUAGCAACACCUCAAAUAAAACAACAACAUGUAAGCAAAAUUUUAUUGGGAGAUAUAACAAUCUUAAAGAAGCAAAAGAUAUAUCUCCUGAUAAGUUUAGAACUAUACGAGAGCUAGUUAAGGAUAUAGUUUCUUAA